UCGGCCGGACACGUCGGGCGAUCUCGAAAAGUUUUCGCGUUUUACGUGGAAACUCGAAUCCACCAAAAAAAAGGCGGGCAGGGCACCUGGUAGACAUCAACCGAAACCGGACGUAUUCGGAAGGGAGUUCCUAGUGUGUCUCAACCGCGCCGGAAGAAGUUGGGUGAAAAAACGAACCGGAAACGAGGGAGAAAAACGGCGCGAAAACAUUGCGACACUUUGCUCGAGUUUAGUGAAGGCAGUUUUCGGUAACCUUAAGCUUGAGGUUGUUGUGAUAAGGCAAUUAUUUUUCGAAUUAGAAAAAAAAGGUGAUACAAAUAAGUGAAGUGUUUCCUAACGUUUGAAAUAUCUCGUUUUGUGGAUCAUAACUAAUAAGUCGAGCGAAACAUGAUUGAGAGCACCGUGAAGGGCAGCUUUAUGCUGUCGAAGGUUGCGAAAAUUUUUACAUAUUUUUCCCCCAUCACGCUGAUUUUGGUGACCGCUAUUCUGGGGGCAGUUUAUGUGUACAACAAACGGCGCGGCAGGUUGGUGAAAUUCAUUGAAAAGAUCCCGGGACCUGCGAGCAUGCCAUUGAUUGGAAACAGUUUGCAUAUCAAUGUCGAGCAUGAUGAAAUCUUCAACCGUAUCAUAGCUAUUCGGAAACUUUACGGAAGGAAUCAGGGAUUCAGCCGAGCCUGGAAUGGACCAAUGCCGUAUGUGAUGAUCUCGAAAGCUAGUGCUGUGGAGCAAGACCAUUACGAACUGACCUAUGCCAAUAUGGAACCGGUUAAAUUUAUUGCUCCCAAUUCGAAGAAGGAAGUGUAG